UUCGCAGACGCAACCCCAAAUGCGGCGCGAGGAAGGGGUGCCUAUUAGGUGCCUGUGACAUAGUCGCUAUAAUCAGGGACGGCGCGAUAAAUUACGGGCCCCGGGGGUUGGCCCAUGGCCGGGCCCCGUCCUCACGUCUCCACAACAGAGUUCAAGUAUUUCUUCUUUAUGUGAUUACGACAGACCUUGGGUCCCGCGGGCCCCUGAAGCAGCCCGGGCCCCGGGGCGCCAUCCUCUCGCUGCUAUUUUGUUGAAGUUCGCAAUUGCACAGCUGUGCAGGAAAAUGGCCCAUCGCGAGCGAUCCUUUAUCAUGGUGAAGCCUGACGGCGUCCAACGCGGGCUGGUCGGCGAAAUCAUCCGACGCUUCGAGAAGCGUGGUUACAAGCUGGUGGCACUCAAGCUCAUGCAAGCCGGAGAAGAACUUAUGAAGGAACAUUACGCUGACAUAGCUGAGAGACCUUUCUUCGACAGCCAUGUCCAAUACAUGCAGAUGGGCCCCGUCGUCCUCAUGGUGUGGGAAGGCGCCAAUGUGGUUGCGACGGGUCGCCACAUGAUUGGACGGGGUGACCCAUUCAAGUCGAACCCUGGCACGAUUCGCGGCGACCAUUGCGUUAAUAUAGGCCGCACCGUGAUUCAUGGCAGCAGCUCCGCCGCCAGUGCCGAAAAAGAGAUCGCCCUGUGGUUCACCGAGCAAGAGCUGGUUUCUUGGACCCCAACACAGACAACCUGGGUGUAUGAAGACUAAGUAGCCAUCUUUAAUAUGUACUAAAGAAUAAAACCUUUUUCUUUCGUGACCUCA